AUUGCACGAUGAUACAUGUUAUCUACAGUACAGAUACAAAGUUCACCGUCAACAGUAAAUGACUAAUGUUAGACAGCAUGUGGAUACGUGGAGUAAAUUAUAAGUUUACAAAAUCAAAAACAAAGGAAAAAUCACUAUGCAUACCAUGACAUUGUAUCCAGUCUUUGUAAUUGUGGCUAUUAUCAUCGACAUUACCACUGGUUAUGAUCACAUCUGUGCCGUCAAAGACACGAGUCUUGACUGCAGAAACAGAAACUUGUCAUCGGUACCUAGUUUUGCUAACCUGCCAGAUACUAUUACACAUUUAGAUUUUUCGUUUAAUAAUAUAAAAACUGUCAACAAAUUUAACAUAUCACUGUCGUCUUCUAUUGUUGAAAUUUCAUUUGCGCAUAAUAUAAUUACAACAAUUCAGAAAAAUGUUUUUGAAAACUUUUCAAAUCUGGAACAUAUAGAUCUUUCAUACAACAAAAUAGGCAAAGAUUCAAUUAAAAAUAAAGAUUUAGAUACGGAAAUGGGACGUGCUACACGUCUUACGCUAAAGGGUAAUGAUCUUGGAUCAUUAGAAGAUCUAACAUUUAUAUCUUUUUAUUUUUUAAAGUUGGAAUAUCUUGAUCUCUCCCAUUGCUCUUUGAAAUCUUUACGAGCUAUGUCGAUUGUUAAUCUAGUAAAUUUGAAAUUUCUAAAUCUGAGCUAUAAUUUCUUAUCCGAUUUUGAUGAAGAUUUUUUACAAGGAGAAAUGGGCCUAGAACAACUUGACAUAAGUUACAACAAAAUAACAACCGUUAAGAAAGUGCCAGUGUUGAUGGAAUUGAAAGUAUUACAUAUGGAUUAUAAUGGUAUAGAUUUUAUUAAAGACGGUGCAUUUUCAACUUUACUUGGACUUGAAGUUCUGUCACUUGUUGGGAAUAACAUGAAAACAUUACGUCCCUUUAUGUUACCACUGAAGUCUAUUUUCUCUCUCAAAGAGAUCAGACUGGAUAAAAACCCAUGGCGAUGUGAUUGCAACAUGAAAUGGUUACUCAAUGAUAUGGACGAUGAUUUUAACUUUAAAAACUUUACAUUAAUAUGUUCAUUUCCUUCAAGACUUCGAGGAAAGAAUAUUUUUACUACAUCUAGUAACGCGCUGACAUGCAGGGCAGAAUAUUCCAGACUUACGUAUAUAUUGAUUUUAUUUUUUUCCGCGAGUUUCAUGGUGACGGGACUAAUUUAUGCAAUUUAUAUCAAACGGAAGUAUUUCAAUUGUUUCAAGUGUUGUGAGCAGAAAGGAGGCGAUUAUGUCGCCGUAUUUACAAAUGACAAUACCAAUGCCGACGAAGGAACGAACGUCAAAAUUACAACUGCAGACGAUGAAUCAUUGGUUAAAAAUGAAGAGAGGACGGGAAAUGGACAAGUCCAUUAUUUCGAUGUUUGAUUUGUGGUUUUUGCGCUCAAUAAGAGUCGUUAAAUCUUACUGAAAUUUUAUUUUUUGUCAUAGCCUCCUUCAUUGCUUUAAACGUUUGGCGGUACCACUCGUUCAAAAGUUUAACUACCAUUACAUGGAUAAGAUUGAUCGUUAUACGAUUGAUGUUGGUAGUAUUUUACUGCUAAAUUCCUUGUGAGUAGUAUGAAAAAAUACUAAAAAAUAAAUUAUUGAGUGAUCUACA